ACAUAGAUAUUGAAAGGCAAACUAGUUGUUUUGACUAAUAAAUUCAGGAGUGACUAAAUAAUUAAACGCAAUCAGGAACUCAAUAAUUACGAAAAUAACUUGCCAACUGCGCCUGUUCACCGGCAUCGUUACACUACACCAGGUUAUACUAGGGCUACUUACUGUUCUAAUUAUCAUAGCACUUUCCUUUUAUGAUUAAAGAAGAACUGAAGAAAACGCUGAUGUAACAGUCUUUUAAUCCAAAUACCAGGCACCAGGAUUAAUGACUAAUUACUUAGUUCACGGCUUAGACAAAGCAAUAAAUCUUUGACCAGCGUUGACGACUACGUCAAAAUAUAGUUUAUUUACCUUUGCUACUUCACUUACGCGUCCAGAUUAUUUAAGCAUUGACUCUAUUGCAUAAUAUCUUGUAGAUAGUAAAACAGUUUCUCGGGAGAGUGCAAAAACGUUUCUAAGGAAAUACUACUCAUUUGCAUGAGCACAAGGAAGAAAUACGGGUGUUUCAUUCACCGCUGUUGGUACUUCGUCCCUUUCUUCUUGAAAUAGGUGUCACCUUUAUUUUCUUCGGAUAUCAGUGAUUCGUUCCGUCGAAAACACCUUGUUUGUAUUUCAUAUUUCUCUCUUGCAAGGACAUCAAUGUACGAAUCCUUUAAUUUCUUGCCCCUGUUUAUUGCCGCCAUACGAGUGUCGUUCUUACUGAAUCUAAAUCUCCUUAUUAACGCGAAGAUGUUUUUACUUUGUACAGGUGAAUCGUAAGAAGACAUUGACAAAUAUCCAUCACAUAAUGCAUCACAAUGGCUAACAAAUCUUUCGCUCUGAUGUUCUUGUUUUGCCUUACUCUCUUGACGGUACGUACUCUUAUAGCAGCUUGAGAUACGUUACUUCACUGAAGAAAAUGUCUCUACUGAGAUGAAGAAUCACACGAAGAAGUCAUCACGAGAAUACAAUCCAAAUAACCACGGGAUAUCCAGCCAAACAAAGCAAUGGCUUAUCAUCUUCUGGUCGACGUAUUUUCAACAGCAGGUUGAUAUACAGCUUGCUUGGAAGAAAGGAGAAUGUCCCGUGCCAUGCGAAGUCACAAGCAACAAAUCCCGAGUGACCGACGCGAAUGGCUUCGUCGUCCACGCGAGGGAUGCAAACAUGCUUCCUCCUACAGAAUCUGUGCCGUGGAUCUUGCUCACUCAAGAAAAUCCUGUGUACACGCCCGUAUUGACCGACCGAACGUUUAUGUCCAGAUUUAAAUUACUGAGAAGUUAUCGCUUGGAUUCCGACUUCCCUGAUCCAACUUUUUUUAUGCCUGCAAUAGCACCGCCAGUUCCUUUUAAGGACAAAGAUGGACUCGUCAUCGCAGCAUUUUCAAAUUGUGAACCGUUGAGAACUGAGUACAUGAGACAGCUGAUUAAGUAUGUUCAGGUCGACUCUUAUGGUGCUUGUCUUAAGAACAAACAAGGUCUAGUUGGAAUAUAUGGUUAUCAGAACGGCAAAGAAUUUAGAGAAGCUAAGACUGAACUAGCCAGGACGUACAAGUUUACUCUGGUAUUUUUUAACCAGGACUGCGACUAUUUUGUUGAUGCGCAGCUAAGGCAUGCUCUUCACGCCGGCUCAGUCCCUGUGGUAAUGGGUACUAGUAAACUUAACGAGUUCCUGCCAGGAAAUCUUCGACGCGCCGUUAUAAAAGUCCGCGAUUUCAAGAGUCCUCAACAUUUGGCCGAUUAUUUAAAGUAUCUUAGCAGGAAUUAAACUGAAUACAACAAAUACUUGGAAUGGAAGUGGAAAGGAUUUGGUAAUAUAAGUGGAACUAUCAUAGGAGACUUCUGGAUGCCAAAGUAUCAUAUGUAUUGCCAAAUGUGCGUUGCACUUUCAGAAGGGCGAAUACAUAAAUAAGGUCUUAAAACAAUACCAUGCAACUCACGAAGAUUUGAAGACUGGGGAAUAACGAAGGGGGCCUAGGUGUACUAAACAAACGGGGAAAGGAAAAGUACCCUCAACUUCAGUGAUUGAGAGCGGAGUUCUGACUUUUUUCAUUUGAGUUUACGAGAGAAUGAACAGCCGCCUGGUAUUUCGGCAAGACACGUACGUAUCUUGUAGCCUGGAGAAAACUCAAUGAGUAAAAUGAAUGAAAAUGUAUUAUUGUAAGGGAUGUACAGCUCUUUAUCUUACAACCUUAGCAAAACUGUCUCAUUUAGUUACAGUUUGUUAACUGUGCUUCAGUUGCUCAAUCAGAGCAAACUUCAGUUCUCAGUUUAAAGUUUAAAUCAUUGAAGCUACAUAGCCCUACAAAGACCUCAUUUAAGAAAUAAAAUUACUCAUACGAAAAAAUAUCUUGUCUUUGUUGAAAUAUAUGACAUAUAGCCAAGUGUUAUCGUCGAAUGCGCGGAAGUUGGGGAGGGAAACGUGCGUUUCUCAUAGCUUUUAAAAUUUAUUGAACCGAUCAAACUGCGUGCAUCAUGCUUUAGUAUAUAGAAGAGUAGACCUCUUUCGAAUUCGGAGGAAGAAGGGGCAUAGCCGAAAUACUUUAACUUCCAAAAAUCACUUUUUUCUCCCCGUCACAGCUGGAGACCCCAGGGAUCAAUUUUGGGACCCCUGCUCUUCUUGGUUUACAUAAAUAACAUGUUCAGUGCUAAUUUUUUAUCGUGAUUAUCUUAUUUUUUAACAUGAGUUUAGAUUAAUUUUUAACUAGGUAUACAUUCAUACAAUGAU